CCGCGCGGCCGCAGCGAGAGGGAGGCUGUUGGCCGGGGCGCGCGAUGCAGCGGGUGACGGUGGUGCUGGGGCACCUGGCGGCCAGGCCCGUCGGGGGGCCGGCGCUGCGGGCGGCUCCGUGCGGGGGGGUAGCGACGGGGCCCGGCCGUGACGGGGAGCAGGACGACGACGACGUGGUGGUGGUGCACGGGCUGCGGACCCCCAUCGCCAAAGCCAAGCGGGGCGGCUUCAAGGAUACUACUCCUGAUGAGCUGCUCUCUGCUGUUAUGACAGCUGUCCUUACGGAUGUCAAUCUGAGUCCUGAGAAAGUGGGAGAUAUCUGUGUUGGCAAUGUGUUGCAACCUGGAGCUGGGGCUUUCACUGCAAGAGUUGCCCAAUUUCUAAGUGGCAUUCCAGAGACCGUACCCUUAUCAUGUGUUAACAGACAAUGUUCCUCUGGGUUGCAAGCUGUGAUCAAUAUAGCUGGUGGCAUCAGAAAUGGGUCUUAUGACAUUGGUUUGGCCUGUGGAGUGGAAACAAUGUCCCUCAGAAAUGCAGGCAACCCUGGUGAUGUUAGCUCACGUAUGAUGGACAAUAGUAAAGCCAGAGAUUGCCUUAUUCCUAUGGGAAUAACCUCAGAAAAUGUGGCAGAAAGAUUCGGCAUUUCCCGAAAGAAGCAAGAUGACUUUGCCAUGACUUCUCAGCAAAAAGCUGCGAGAGCUCAGCAGAUGGGAUUGUUUAAAAAUGAAAUCAUUCCAGUGAGGACUACUGUUAAGGAUGACCAGGGCAAUCAGAAAACCAUCACUGUGCUUCAAGACGAAGGGAUCAGACCUAGUACAACUCUGGAAGGCUUGGCAAAACUCAAGCCUGCCUUCAAGGAAAAUGGCUCCACUACAGCUGGUAACUCCAGUCAGGUCAGCGAUGGAGCUGCUGCAGUUCUACUGGCAAAACGCUCUAAAGCAGCACAGUUGGGGCUUCCAGUCCUAGGGGUGUUAAAAUCUUAUGCUGUGGUUGGAGUCCCACCUGAUGUCAUGGGCAUAGGGCCAGCCUAUGCCAUUCCAGUAGCUUUGGAGAAGGCUGGUUUGACUGUGAAUGAUAUUGAUAUAUAUGAAAUUAAUGAAGCCUUUGCUAGUCAGGUUGUGUAUUGUGUUGAGAAACUGGGGAUCCCAAAGGAGAAGGUCAACCCCCUUGGAGGAGCUAUAGCAUUGGGGCACCCACUAGGCUGUACUGGGGCUCGUCAAGUUGUCACUUUGCUCAAUGAACUGAAGCGAAGGGGAAAACGAGCGUAUGGUGUUGUAUCCAUGUGCAUUGGAACUGGUAUGGGAGCUGCAGCAGUAUUUGAAUACCCAGGGAAGUGAAUUCCAUUGUACAAGAGAAGCACAGCAUCUGACUCUUCAUUCUACAAUGAUAAUGAAUAAUUUGCACUGUAAAAAUGCAAGUGGGUUCAGGAAUUUGUUUAAUGGAUCUUGUUUACUGAUAUUAGGCACAAAUGUCUAAAGGGUAUAAAUGUAUGUGCACUGUAUACUGAAAUACUUUGGGGUGGGAGGAAACGAGCUUGGUGGCUGCUUCAAAGCUAAGGUGUGCAAAUGCCAGGGGACAUAGGUGAGCUCAAUUCAGCCAGUUUUGAUCUUAAAAAUAGAGGCCCCAAUUCAUAUGCAUUUAUGCAUAUGAAUAAUCCCACUGGAGUCAAUGGUACUCGUAUGUAAAAUUACUCAUGUGGAUCCAAGGGAUCAGGGCUAUAAUUCAUAAAGAUGAAGUUCAUGUGGGUCUUGCUUUUUUAAAAGAUAGAUGUUAAGGUAUAGUUGCUUAUGCAACUAAAUGUUGAUGCACAUGGAACAAUUUUUCCAACACAUUAUAUAUGUAGAUUUUUACUACCCAAUGAUAAAGUUUUUAAGGGAUCAUCCUGGGAAGAUUGAUUAAAUCAAUAGCAACAAUGAAAAUAUGUUGUUGUUUUUUAAAGUGGUUAAACCAUGGUAUUUCACCAACAGUCUGACUGAUUACAUUCAGGUUAUAACUAUCCUUUAUGGCUCAUCAAAUUUGUCCACAUGCCCAGUGUGUGGUUUUUUUUUAUUAUUAUUUAAAAAACUCCCAUGUUUUUCUAUUAAACAAAUUUGGGCAGAGUAGAUGGAAUUGUAAACGAGUUUAUCCAUUCAUAAAUAAUAUUUCUCUUGUAAAUGAGAAUGAUGAAAUAAAAGGUAGAGAAGGGUUGGACAGGCUGCCAAAACUAGUAAUUGUAAAAUAAAAGCUGACCAUUCCAUCCUUAACUUUACAGCAUUUUUACUUAAUUUUAGCUUGUUUUGUGACUUCUACGAAAAUCAGUCUUUUUUCUGAAUUAACAUUUAAUACAAGCUCAUUUUGUAUCUCAGUAUCCUAAUAUAGGACUGAUUUUGGCACCUGGAACACUACAUGAAUAUCAGGAGCAUUCUCCAUGAGUCAGUAUAUUUUAUUACCAGUGUAAAGACAUACUUUUUGUAUCGUACAACCAUUUCCCUUAUAUACUAUCUUCAAUAGCAGGCUAAUGUACUUUGGUCACAUUAGGCGUAGAGUUGGAGAUAACCUUGAGACAGUUAUUAUGGAAGGAAUGGUGGAGGGUUAUCCUAGUAAGGGAUGCUCAGAAAGGAAAUGGAUGAGGUGUGGCCGAUCACUGGAAGGUUAGCUGCUAGAAGUUAGUGAUAGAUUGUGAAGGCUUCCAAAAAUUCUGCUAUGAUGUCACUGAUAUACAGACAUGAAUAAAUGGAUUUAGUUACUAGCUUCAAAAGACCAUUUAAACUCCUAGUGCUAGCUGUUUUAAAAGAAAAUGCACUUAUUGUCAUCUGACAUUACUUUAGAAAUGUUUAAAUCAGCGAUACAAGCUGAAAAGUUGUGUCCUGUUUCUUGGUUAUGCACUUAACAUAAUUGUGUACUUGAAUGUAAUUGCUAUAUUCUAAAAAUAAAGAUCAGUAAUUAAAGGCCACUGUUAAAGA